CUUUUUCCCGCUUUUUUCUUUGUCCCCAAGCCACCAUUACCUUUUAAAGUUUAAAUCUUAUCCAGUUUUGUUUCUGCCUUUUAACUCGUUAAUUGUUACAUUUCCAGAUCAAUUUUAUUUGUUUUUUAAUUCUCAAUUGUUUUAAGAUAAUUGAUUAAAUCUUUUUUAGUUCCACCAUGGCUGAGUUUUAUAAAGAAUACCUUGAUUUUCUCGAUGAUGAGAGCGACCAUGGUAUUUAUUAUCGCCUGGUUAAAGAGAUGAUUGCUCAUAAUGAAAUGAGACUAAUAGUCAAUAUCAAUGACUUGAGAAAAAAGAAUCCCGUUCGCGCUAAAGCAUUGUUGACCUGUGCAUUUGAAGAGCUACUAAGUUUUGAACGGGCUCUUCGUGAUUUCACUCUAACAAUCGAUCAAGAAUACUUGAAAAAAGUUCCUGAUCUCUUCAUUGGUUUGGAAGGGUCAUUUGGUAACAAACAUGUUACACCAAGAUCUUUGACAAGCAGCUAUCUUGGUCAAAUUGUUUGUGUUGAAGGUAUAGUGACCAAGUGCUCGCUUGUUCGACCCAAAGUCAUCAAAUCAGUACAUUACUGCCCAGUGACAAAAAAAGUGAUGGAGCGUAAAUACACUGAUUUAACAUCAUAUGAUGCUUUUCCUUCAUCUACCGUUUAUCCAACUAAAGAUGAAGAUGGAAAUCUUCUAGAAACUGAGUUUGGGCUCUCUACUUAUAAGGACCAUCAAACAUUUACAAUUCAAGAAAUGCCCGAAAAGGCUCCUGCCGGACAGCUUCCUCGUUCUGUAGAUAUUAUAGCUGACAAUGAUUUGGUUGACAAAUGUAAACCUGGAGACCGAGUUCAAGUUAUUGGUGUUUUUCGUUGCUUACCAUCUAAACAAGGAAACUAUUCAAGUGGUACUUUUAGAACUGUUUUACUGGCUAAUAACAUUGAAUUAUUGUCCAAAGAAGUCGCUCCUUCUAUUUCUGCUGAAGAUGUACAGAAGUGUCGAUCUUUUAGCCGACAGCGCAACAAGAAUGUUUUCGAAGAACUGGCUAGAUCAUUGGCCCCGUCAAUUCAUGGUCAUGAAUAUAUUAAAAAAGCUCUUCUUUGUAUGUUACUUGGAGGUGUUGAGAAAAAUCUCCCAAAUGGUACAAGGCUAAGAGGAGAUAUAAAUAUUCUUUUGGUCGGUGACCCUUCGGUGGCCAAGUCUCAGAUGCUUCGAUAUGUUUUACAUACUGCUCCAAGAGCCAUUGCUACUACUGGUAGAGGAUCAUCCGGUGUUGGUCUUACUGCCGCAGUUACCAAUGAUUUUGAAACUGGUGAAAGAAGACUUGAAGCUGGUGCCAUGGUUUUAGCAGAUCGUGGAGUUGUUUGUAUUGAUGAAUUCGACAAAAUGUCAGACAUUGAUAGGACUGCAAUUCAUGAAGUUAUGGAACAAGGUCGAGUAACUAUUACCAAAGCUGGUAUUCAUGCUAAGCUUAACGCUCGUUGUUCAGUCCUUGCUGCAGCUAACCCUGUUUAUGGAAGAUACGAUGAAUACAAAAAUCCUAUGGAUAAUAUUGGUCUCCAAGAUUCUCUAUUAUCUCGUUUCGAUUUACUUUUUAUUCUUCUUGAUAAACACGACCGCGACCUUGAUACCGCAAUCGCUGAUCAUGUUGUUAGGAUACAUCGAUAUAGAGCUCCAAAUGAAGAAGAUGGUGAACCAUUGCCUAUAAUUUCAUCUGCCGAUUUCCUUUCAACCAAAAACCUCGAGACGAUUGAUGAGGAAGAAGGUGAUACUCCCAUUUAUGAGAAAUAUGAUAACUUGUUGCACGCGAACAGAUCCAAAUCGGAAAAAAUUGUGAGUGUUCAAUUCAUGAAAAAAUACAUUCACAUUGCUAAAUCAAUGAAACCUGUUUUGACUCAAGAAGCUUGUGAGAAAAUUUCAGAAGCUUAUUCCAAGCUUCGAUGCUACGACCAAGAACACGCGGAUUUAGCCAAAACUCAACCAGUUACAGCGCGUUCAUUGGAAACUCUGAUCCGUCUUUCCACUGCUCAUGCCAAAGCUAGAUUGAGUAGGAUAGUCGAAGCUCGAGAUGCUGAUGCUGCUAUUGAAUUGAUUCAAUUUGCCAUUUUCAAGAAGGUUUAUGAUAAACCAAAAAAGCGAAGACGAGAUGAAGAAGAAGGUGAAGAAAGUGGCGACGGAAGUGAUGUUGAAGUAGACUCAGAAACAGAUGAAGUUGUUCCUGUAUCGGAAAGAAGCAGAGCAGCUAAAAGAAAGGAAAGAUUGAGUAGUGAAGAAAAGGACGAGCCAACUCAAAGAGAGCCUAAGGUUAAAAAACCUAGAUCCAAGUCCACAAAACAUGAAUCUCAAGAAAUGGAAACAGAUGACUCUUCACGAGCAGAGCCUUCAGGAGAAACAUCAGGAGAAACAUCGAGCGCAAUGACUACGCAGAUUGAGGUUGAAAUUAAUGAAACGAGAUUGAAAAAGUUCAAAAAGAUGUUGAUGAACGAAUUUCGUAAAAGCCAUGCCCAAUCAUUACCUAUUAGUGCCAUUAAAGAAGUUUUUUGUAAAGACGGGGAUGAUAGCUGGUCCUCUAUCGAAGUUGAUGCUUGUUUAAAUCGAAUGCAAGAUGACAACAAUAUAAUGAUUACAGAAUCAGUUGUUUUCAUCAUUUAAACAAUCAUCACAGUUCUGUCAAUUCAAGUUAUAUUUUAAUCAACAGAAAAUGGUUUUUGAUCUGA